AGGACGCGAAGAAACCGCGUAUAAAUAUUGUUAUUUUUCGGAAUUGCUAUCAGUUGAUUGUUAUUAUUAACCAUGAACACCUACGCUUUUAUCACUUUCUUCGCCUUCGUUGCUGCCGCCAACGCUGGCUACUACCCAUCAGCAAAAAUUCUCCAAGGACCCAGCUCCAAAACCACAAUCGUCGGCCCCGACGGUAGCGCCAUCUCCGCUGUGGCUCCUGGAGGCUCCAUCAUCCACGAAGAACAUCCUGGUUACAUCGCUCACUCAGCUCCUCUUGCCCACCAUGCUCCUCUGGCUUAUGCUGCUCACGCACCAGUAGUGGCUCCUCUGGCAUAUGUUGCUCAUGCUCCAGUGGUAGCUCAACACGCUCCAGUUGUAGCACAGGCCUACGCAGCUCCCAUUGCUUUGGGUCAUGAAACUCAUAUUUCCAAAUACGGAACUCACAUCACUCACGGAGCACCUGCAGUAUACAGCUCUGUGGUGGAACCUGUCGCUUAUGCCAGCCAUGGACUUUACAGUAGUCAACAUCAUCAUGGUUUAUAUGCUGGACAUCAAGGAUUAUAUGCUGGACAUCAAGGACUAUAUCUUUAAUUUUGAUAUUUUUAGAAAAUAAAAUAGGCUUUAAUAGGUAAAUAGGUAGUAAAUUAUAUGUGUACAUGUCAUAAUAAAAUAAGAGAAUCAAACACAUUGAUGUAAAAUAAACAAGUCUGUAAUAUA